AUGGCGUGUCAUGACGUCAUUGGCCAUGGCGAUAACGCCACCACCGCGCAGAACGUCACCAACCCUGGCAACGAUGAGAGUACAGCCGACUACUCUGGGACAAUGAAGGCUCUGGCGUGGUACGGCAAGAACGAGGUCCGAAUGAUUGACACACCGAAGCCCAAGAUUCUAGAGGAUCGUGACGUUAUCGUCAAGGUCACUGGUUCCACAGUCUGCGGUUCUGACCUGCACUUGCUUCACGGCACUGUCGUGGAGAUGCAGAAGGGCGACAUUCUCGGACACGAGUUCUGUGGUGUCGUAGACGAGUGCGGCCCCGGUGUCACAAAGUUCAAGAAGGGUCAACGAGUCGUUGCCUCCUUCCAGAUCGCCUGCGGUGACUGCUACUACUGCAAACAGAAGCUGUCUUCACAGUGCGAGAAGACCAACUCAAACACAAUUGAGAACGCAAUGUACGGCGGCCGGACAGCAGGCAUGUUCGGUUACUCUCACUUCACUGGUGGAUAUGCUGGUGGUCAAGCAGAGUACACUCGCGUGGCAUACGGCGACGUCAACCUACUACCGCUUCCCGAUGAUGUUCCUGACGAGGCGGGUCUCUUCCUUUCUGACGUUCUGUGCACCUCAUGGCACGCCGUUGUCGACACUGGUGUCAACAAGGGUGAUGUAGUCGCCAUUUGGGGAGCCGGCCCGAUUGGACAAAUGGCUGCGGAUUUCUCUUUGAUGCAAGGCGCAUCCAGGGUCAUCAUGAUCGACUCUAACUGGCGUCUCGACUUCGUCAAGGCCAGAUACCCCAAUGUCGAUACUCUCGACUUCUCUACACUGGCCAAGGGCGAGUCGGUCACAAGCAAACUCAAGGAGAUGUGCAACAACCGCGGUCCAGACGUCAGCAUUGAGUGUGCUGCCGGUGAGUACGCCAAGGGCUGGGCACAUUACUUCGAGAUGAUGCUCGGUCUCGAGACCGACACCAGCGAGCUCAUCAACGAGAUGAUUACCAGCACACGGAAUAUGGGUCGCUGUGGUAUUACUGGUGUAUACGUCGGCUUCACCAACCACUUCAACAUCGGUUCUCUUAUGGAGCGUGGUAUCCGUCUUAUUGGUAACGGUCAAGCACCUGUUCACAUGUACUGGGAGUCUCUCCUCCAGAUGAUCCAGGAGAAACGCAUCGACCCGAUGAAGAUGGUCACCCACCGUGUUCGCCUUGAAGACUUGGACAAAGUCUACUACAAGUUCGAGAAGAAGGAGGAUGGCAUGCAGAAGGUCUUUGUUGAGACCAAGUGGAGUUUCCCAGCGUCCAAGGAUAGCCCUGAGUUGACCAGGUACUAA